AUGGACGAGGAUGAUUAUGAUUCGUCAGCGGCGAGUGAUAAUGAGGGAUCUCAGAAAUGCCUGAGCGACGACGAUGGCAUAGCCGAUGUUAUCGAUGAUACGCCGCGAUCUUCACAAAUUGACCCCGGUGUCCACCAUCGCACCGUGCUCGAGAUGGACAGCCUCGUCGGAGAGAUGAAUAAAAUGAUAGGAGAGGUGAAGGAAGUGAUUCCGGUCACUUCGGGGGUGGCCCGAAUUCUUCUGCACCAAUUUCAAUGGAAUAAGGAGAUGCUUUUCGAAAAAUUUUUCGACAGCGGAAACGAAGACGCCUUCUUGAAGCUGUAUCGCGUGUUGCCGUCAAAGACCGUUGCCCUGCCGAGUAGCAGCCACGGGGAAUGCGAGAUUUGUUUGCUGGAGGCUCCACUCUCUGGGCUCAAGUGCAAUCAUCUGGCUUGCUCGAACUGCUGGGAGCGCUACUUGGAGACAAAGAUAACUGUCGACUCCUGUUCGCAAAUCCAGUGCAUCGCUUCGGGGUGCACGCUUUUGACGGAUGAUGAGACUGUCUUCAACUAUUUAAAACUCACCAACGCUCGACAGAUCUUCAAGCGGCUGACCACGAAUAGUUUUGUCGAGGCGAAUCGACUAAUCAAAUGGUGCCCAGCGGCGAAUUGUGGGAAGGCGGUUAAGGUUGCACAUUCCGAACCGCGCCCGAUAUUGUGCACCUGUGGGCAUCGUUGGUGCUUCUGCUGCUCGGAGCAAUGGCACAUCCCGGUGAACUGCCGCCUUCUCAAGCUGUGGCUCAAAAAAUGCAACGAUGACAGCGAGACGAGCAACUGGAUCAACGCGAACACGAAGGAAUGCCCGAAAUGCCAGGCGACUAUCGAAAAGGACGGCGGCUGCAACCAUAUGUCGUGCAAGAACACGGCCUGCCGCCACGAGUUCUGCUGGAUGUGCCUUGGCCCGUGGGAGCCCCAUGGGAGCGCGUGGUAUUCGUGCAAUCGAUUUGACGACUCGAACUCGAAGACGGCCCGCGAUGCCCAGGAACGGUCGAGAGCCGCACUGCAACGCUAUCUCCACUACUACAACCGAUAUAUGAAUCACCAGCAGUCGCUGCGACUUGAAGGCAAACUCUACGCUGCCAUCAAAACGAAAAUGGACCAGCUCCAGCAGCACGGCAUGAGCUGGAUUGAGGCUCAAUUCCUCCGACAGGCUGUCGAUGCUCUGACGGAAUGUCGCCGUACUCUGAUGUACACCUACGCGUUUGCCUUCUACCUGGUCCGCGACAACCAGGCGGCCAUCUUCGAGGAUAACCAGAAGGAUCUCGAGAUGGCUACUGAGGAGCUGUCGGGCUAUCUGGAGGGCGAACUGCAGUCGACUAACCUGCAGGACUUGAAACGACAGGUGCAAGACAAAUACCGGUACGUGGAGAAACGGCGCCAUGCCCUGCUCAGCCAUUGUGAAGAAGGGACCGAUCGCGGCACCUGGAUGUACACCGAA